AAUUUAUUACAGAUAUUUAACGACCCUGUCCAUGGUACUAUUGAACUGCAUCCACUGUGUGUGCGAAUAAUAGAUACACCACAGUUUCAAAGACUGCGACGUAUAAAACAACUCGGUGGUGGGUACUCUGUGUUUCCAGGAGCAACACACAAUAGAUUUGAACAUUCUAUAGGGGUAGCUCACCUAGCAAAAAAAAUGAUGGAACACCUACACCAGAAACAACCAGAGUUAGAUAUUACACCAGUUGAUAUAUUAUGUGUUACGAUCGCCGGCCUCUGUCAUGAUCUGGGUCAUGGGCCAUUGUCACACGUAUUUGAUCAGCAGUUUAUACCUCGAAUGAAACCAAAAACCACUUGGACUCACGAGGAGGCCUCUAUUAAAAUGUUUGAUCACCUUAUUGAAGUUAAUAAUUUGAGACCUAAAUUUAUUGAACAUGGUUUCAGUGAGGAGACAUUAGACACAGAUUUAAAAUUCAUAAAAGAAUUAAUUUAUGGAAUUUUACCGGUUUGUUAUUUUUUGUUAUUUUGGUAUAAUAUUGUUUCAAAUAAACUUUCAUCUGUAGAUGUUGAUAAAUGGGAUUAUUUUGCCCGAGAUUGUCUGAUGGUAGGAAUGAAGAGUAGCUUUGAUCACGAUCGAUGUAUGAAAAUGACAAAAGUAAUUGCCUACGAAUCAGAGGAGGGGAAACCAUUGGCGAAGCACCUUUGUCUUCGUGAUAAGGAAGUUAGUAAUAUAUACGAAAUGUUCCAUAUUAGAAAUAAUCUUCACCAUCAGGUAUAUAAGCAUACUGUCACGCUAGGUGUAGAGAUGAUGCAUGUGGAAGCGUUUGUUUUAGCCGACGAAUCUAAAGUGAUAAAACUUCCUGGAAAAGAUGGGAAAAAACGUAAAAUAUCAGAUUGUAUUCAUGACAUGGUAGCUUUCACCAAGCUCACUGAUAAUAUUUUUCACCAGAUAUUAUAUUCCACCGACAAAGAUCUACAGAAAGCCAGAGAAUUACUAGAACGAGUGGAAAAUCGCCAGUUAUAUAAGUGUAUUGGACAAACUAUCCUUCCUGCAGAUUUUGUAACGAAAGUACUAAAUUCAAUUCAUUUUGGUUUUUGGUUGAAAUAA